AUGAAGCCUGUUCACGAGCAUGAAUCAACACUGCUCAACCCGGGAGCCGAGUAUGGCAAUUUGCCAUUCGACCAAUUUGUCCUAACUAAUUGGGAUGUCGAUAAAGCGGAAGAGAACGAUCAGGAGCAGUGGAACGACCUUGCUUCCAGAUGGCUGUCGAUGAACCAUAUUAAUCGCAGUGAAAUGUUCGAGUGCGGUCAAGCAGACUUUGGGCCGGAGAUUGUUCUUGAGGACGAGAGUCUUUAUGGUCAAUAUGGGCACGACUGGACAAGGGUUUUCCUGCGUCUACCUCAACUCAUAGACAUUGUCGUCCAUUACAACGAUGGGCACCCGGAGAAUGACGAAAGCCAGCUUGCAGUCUCACCACCAAACGAUGAGGCGAGACUGCCGUUGUACAACGCAGUCAUGAAGUCCAAAUCUAUUCACUUCCUUUUUGACGAGGAGGCACUGCAAGAAAAAUUGGUCAAGGUGCACUUUCUCGACAUUCAUGGACAGUCGGUUUGGUACAACAAAAUCAGGCCAGAGCACAUCCGAGAUUUUGAAGCAAGUCCUAGCGGAGGCCAUCUGUCAGGGCACCUCGAGAACUGCGGGGGUGAUCCCUCUUCAUUGCAUCCAGGAACGUUACUGUAUGCUGAGGGAUGGAACAUCGUUCCGAUAAUUCGUGUACAGAGAACAACCCUAUGA